AUGGUCGAGCAAUCAAUAUUGCAUCAAGGUCUUUUAUCUCAAGAAGAGAUUGAAGAAAUUCAUCGAGUUUUCGUAAUGGUUGACACUGAUGGCUCAGGCUUCCUAACUAUGGACAAAAUAAGACAAAUAGCUACAGCCCUUACCCAUGAUAUAAACAUCACAGCUGAAGAAGCCUAUUUUUUACAUACUCAGCUCGAUUCAAACCGUGACGGCCAGGUCACUUGGGAUGACUUUUUAGAAUACGUUUGCAAGUGGCUGCACGAGCAUGGAGCUGUCAGAUCAAAGCUGAGAACCGAUCUCCCAAAUACCAUUUCUGAAAGAGAAGCUCUUCACAAAGCAAUGGCUCAGUUAUUCUCACUAAAUCAUAAAACCUUUGAGUUUAAUUUAUUGCCUACUGAUAGUUUGGAAAAUCGCACUGAAACGUGGGAUUAUUUAGGAGAAGGGCAAGUUUUCACAGAAAUUGAAAAGCAGACUUAUUAUAACGAGGUUUCUCAGAAAUUAAUAGAUGACAUGCAAUUCUUGAAGCUGGUUGAGCAGAUCUUUCAUACAGAUGUAGAUAUUAUUCUUUCUGGGCUGCAGAACAUCAGAGAUAUGCUUGGAGUUCUCGCAGUUUACCAAACCCCAAAUGAUAGGAUGAAAAUCAGCCCAUAUCUUUUGAAGCUAUUUGAGCAGCUUAUAAACCACAAUGUGAUAAUAAGAUGCUUACAAUGCUUGAAUUUUGAUACCUCCAAAAAUAUCCAAUGGGAAGCCUUAAAAAUUAUUACCUUUUUUGCCCCAGGUCCAAGAAUCCCAGAACUCCCUGAAGCAUUUUAUCUGCAUCCAUGCCAAAAAUUUACAAAGAAGCUUAUAAUGCAGACUGGAAGUGUUCCUAAAAUCCUUGAAUUAUGUGAGAGUGAGUGCAUAGAGGUAAGAGACCAAGCUCUUUUAGCAAUUGGCUUUAUGUCUAGGCAUGAUUUCGAUAUAAGAGAUUAUAUUUUGUCGUUAGGAGCUUUGCCUUUGAUAUUAAGAAUCCUAAUGAGAGGGACUUCAAUGUUCACAGUUGACUUGACCACAAUUGUAAGGGCUGCUUGGGUUCUUUCCAUCCUAUGUGGCGCUACCAUGCCUCGAGAAUAUGCAAAGCCUUCAUUCCGUCAACAGGAGCUUGUAGAAAUUGCAGAUGUUAUUGUACAGCUUUUCCAAGUCCAAGAAGAAGAAAAUCUUUUGACGAACAGCUUAAUUGCACUCUCAUUUGUUUUGCCGUUUCUUGCUAUUGAUGAAUUUAAUAGAAGAUUUUUAGACCGAUUAGUUGCUUUGUUAUCGAAUCCAAAAAUAAGUGUAAAAAGAGCAGCUUUGCAAACAAUUAGAAACAUUAUAUGGGUUAAUGCAGGACAGUGCCAAUUGUUAGCUGAAGCUGGUCUAUUUGCGAGACUAAGUGACUUAUUAUUUAAUUCUGGAGAUUCGUUGGUAAAGCUUGAUACUUGUAAUGUGAUGAGAUAUCUGAUACAAAAAGGCUAUACAUGGGAAAUCGUCAAUCUUUCAAGACUCAGCUCACAUCUCCAGUAUUUAAUAGCGUCAGACCCUGAAGUCAGAUGGGAAGCUGUGAGGAUCAUUAAGAUGAUGAUAGAAUCAAACUCAAGAAUGGCAGUAGAGUAACCAAUAAUUAGAGAUAUGGCUCGGACAGGAGUUAUCCGCACAAUAUUUCAGCAUCUUAUGUGCUUUAGAGAGAUUUCUCCAAUUAUCUAUAAUAUAUAUGGAGUCAAUUGUGUCACCUACAACUUUGCGUUCCUCCAUGACUGUGUCCAAGUCCUUGAAAAAUUUUUGAUUUUGGGCUGGCCGACAGGUGAUCUAAACAUGUCGAACAUUUUUGCUCAAUAUUUUACACAGGAUGAAGCGACAAAGCUUUUUGAGGUUGUGAAAAUCUUGAUUGAAGAAGUAAAAAAAGGAAGCCACGACCUAUAUCAAGUAAAUCAUGGAGAAGUGAAUGUAAUUUCAAAUUAGCUUGAAGCAAGCUUAUCUGGACUUCUCGAAAAGUUCAUCAAGAUAUAUCAAGCAUACAGAGAUGACCGCAGCAGACUUAUAGUUGACUAUUUGACCAAUGUGCUAACGUUCUUUAAAACUCAUCUUCACCAAGCCAACUAUUUUCUUCUUGUUCAAAACCAAAUAACUGCAGAAACUAUAUUGAAUUGUGUUCAAACCUAUGUAUAGCUUAUUUAGCACAUAAAAUGUAUGGAAGCUGACGGAUAUCCUAACGGUGAUAACCGUCUUCUGCAGAAUCUCAAAAAAGAUGACCUAAACUACUUCACACUAAAACGCAUGGUAAAUUAUAUUUAGAUCAGCAAUGCUUAUGGAUUUGACAAAAACCUUGAAUUUAUUGACUCAAGAGGUGACAAAAUUACUAUCAACAACCAAGAAGUCCUCCAACACGCAGUUUUCUUAUCAGUCCAGCAAAGCUUUGAAGAAUAUCUUAAGUCUUUACAGUCUCUACAAAAGCCAAUACCAUCUCCUCUUAUCUUACCUUAUGCAGAAAUCAAGCUAAUUGUUUCAGGCUACAACUAUCAACUCCCCAAUUUUUCAGGGAUAACCAGUAAGUUUCUAUUUAUGUCCUGGAAGAUACGAUUGGAUCUCACAGCUAGAUCGCACUUCUGUGCAGUAUGGAAAAGAAGCUGUCAUUAGAGAUCUUCAAAAUAAAUUCAAUAUUUCAAUUCAAGACCUCGAAUCUAUUUACAAUGAGUUUUUCAAUUAUUCAAUAAAAAAAGGAGGACAGGAAUGCAAAGUUACUUUUCAGGACUUUUCAGAAAUAAUAAGAAAAAUAUUCCCUAGGGCUAUUGGGAUCACAGCAGAAAUUUUCAAUGCGCUAGACUUGGAAAGGACUGGAUACGUAGACUAUAAAAAUUUCAUAAUAGGACUAAAUGUGCUUAGAAAUGGAACAAUUGAGCAAAGGCUUUGGUUUGCAUUUAGAGCUCAUGAUUUAAAUGGUAACAGUGCUAUUGAAAGAGAUGAACUUUUUAAUUUACUUAAAUCAGCAAGUGCCUCAAAAAGUCUGGCUCUUACAGAUGAUGAAAUUGCUAGUCAAGUUCGAGGAAUUUUUGAUAUAUUUGAUAGAGAUAAAGAUGGGAAAAUGUCUUUUGAAGAAUUUAAAAGCGCAGUUUCAAGCCAAUACAUCACCCUUCAUACACUCUGGAUAGAUCCAAUGCCUUGGAAUCUCGGCUUUGCAGGAUACAGUGACAUGGUUCCAUGCAUUCAAUGCGGCAAAAAAUAUACACCCCGAGGUCCUCUAAUUCCAGGCAGGGCAAAACGAUGUGAUGAGUGCACAAUUUCAAGCCCAACUCGCCAAUUCUUUAGAUAG